CCAUUACCCCAGAUAAAUUCCUCUUUUUGGUUCCUUCAUAACAAGAGGAACCCUAGAAAGAAGAAGGGGCGGCGUGAAAGAGAAGUGGCAAGAAAGAAAGGCCAAGAGAGAGAGUGAGAGCAGAGAGGUUGAGUGAAGAGACGACAGGCAGCAUGAUUCAAUGAGGAUUGGAAAGAGGAAUCGUUGUUAGGAAUCCGCAAGGACGAAAAGGGUCCGAAGAAAGACAAUUUUGUAGACGAAUAUUCAGGCAGAAGCAAGAGAUAUGGUGAAGCAGGAACUGGAAUGGGAAUUACCACCAGCGAAAUCCAACACCGAGGGGGAUGCGAGGAGUGACUAAGCAAAACCAAUACCAUUAUACACACACUUACACAGCAGUUUUAAUUGCAGACAUGUAAUAAGAAUACUUUAGUUAUGUCGUGGUAAUGUGGAGUUAGUCAAUAAAAUACUAUGCAUGUAUGUCAAGGAAACACAGGAAAGAAGUUAUGCUUGACAUUUACCUUGAAAUGACAAUUACAUGAGAGAUGGUGUUUAGAUAUAUGAUUACUGAUAGAAAUGAAGGUAAUCGCUGCCUAUUUGCUUGCUGUAUUGGGAGGCAAUGCAUGCCCCACGGCUAAAGACAUCAAAGCCAUUCUCGGAUCGGUUGGGGCUGAAGCUGAAGAUGAAAGAAUUGAGCUUCUUCUCUCCCAGGUUCAUGGUAAGGAUAUAGUAGAGCUAAUUGCAGCCGGAAGGGAGAAGUUGGCUUCUGUGCCAUGUGGCGGUGGCGGUGGUGCUGCAGUUGCCGCAGCUCCUUCAGUUGGUGGUGCUGCAGCCGCACCUGGUGCUGAGGAAAAGAAAGAAGAGAAGAAAGAGGAGAAAGAGGAAUCUGAUGAUGACAUGGGUUUCAGUCUGUUUGACUAAGAAGUUGCAUUGCUUAUUGAUCGCCUCUCACAUGCAGUCAGCACAUGUUAAUUUGAGCUUUACAAGUCUGUAGUUGGACUUGAAUUUUAAUUUUCUUUUUGAACUGUUGAAGUUUUGUUUGGAUGAUGAAGUGAGUUUUUAACAUUGGAGCUUAUAUUUUAUUGUUGGAUUUUGUCUGUUGCUUAUUAUAGGCUUGUUCUUAAUUAUC